CUCAUUGCCUACCCAUUUCUCCAUAUUCACAAGAAAAUAUACACAUUUGCAGGAAAAUAUAUAAUUUUUAGAUCUCAUGAAUCAUUUUUAGGAAAGUUGUAGUCAGUUAAAAAGCUGUCAUAUCAUUCUUCAAAGGAGGAGUGAAGUAGGAGCAAUUGUGUGGCCCAACAUUUGUUUGUUUUUUAGCCAAGCUUUGAUUUAUAAAGCAACGAGGGUGUGGUUUUAACCACAAAGUGAAAAUGUUAGACAGUUGUUGGCUCUCUCCUAAAAAGUGAAUGAGAUUUUUCCUAUACAUUUUCCUUCUUGUUGACUAAUAUAUGAUGAAUACUUUUUUCAGCUUGGACAUACCAUAAAUAUAAAAAUAAUAAAUCCAAAGAAUUUAAGCUAAAAUUCAACACUUUUCUAACUAAUUUAACUGGUAUGGUCUCCAUAGUAGUCUACUGUUUUGUUUCUUGUGUUAACUUCCCUUUUGUUUCAAAAGCUCUUAGAAUAAGGAGUCAACUGGAUUUUUAUGUCCAUGGACCCCUUGUGAUUAUAUGCAGCGUACGCUGUGUGUGUGUGUGUGUGUGCGUGUGUGAUCCUUUUACUUAGAAAAAGGUCUACUAUGCUCAUUAGAAGAUCAAAAGCAGAUUCUCCUUACUUGCAACAUGGGAGUUUCAGUAUUAAUCUGUAUUCAAGCACCUUCUAUAUCCUUCAUCAAAGAAAAGACAAUGUUUUGUGUCUGUGUCCCUCUCACACACAGCCCUAAUAUAUAAUGUGUAACUGCCUUAUCUGCAGCCUUAAACUAUUAUGGCUAGAGGUCUUCUAAUCAUUCUGCUACCUCUAGGAAAGAAAUACAGUCUUGAAAACUGCCAAUCUAGUGUGCAUACAAAAUAUAUACAAAAUGCCAAGGAACAUUAUAUGAGCCUUUUGCUAGGUAUCUCUAAGCAACUGCUUCAGUUAAUGGCCACUUUACAAUUUGCUGAAGGAAGGAAACCUCUUUCGAUUCUUUUUUUUUUUUUUUUUUUUUUUUUUGAGACAGAGUCUCUGUCUGUUACUCAGGCUAUAGUGCAGUGGCACAAUGAUAGCUCACUCCAGCCUCAAACUCCUGGGCUCAAGCAUUCCUUUUGCAUCAGCCUCCUGACUAGCUAGAACUCAGGCUCAUGCCACCAGAUCUGGCUAAUUUUUCUGUUUUCAGUAGAGACAAUAUUUUCCUUCACAAAUUUAACUGGUAUGGUUUCCAUUGUCUACCCAGUUUUCCAUAUGCAUAAGAAAAUAUAUUCACAGGAAAAUAUAAAGUUUUCAGAUUUCAUGAGUGGUUUUAAGAAAGUUUUAGUCAGUGAAAAAACUAUCAUACCGUUCUUCAAAGGAAGGGUGAAAUAAGUUGAUCUGCUAUGUUGCCCAGGCUGGUCUUGAAGGGAAACAAGACUUUUUUGUAGUCAUACUUAUUGUUUGGCUUCUGAAUAUUAUUUAGUCCUUACUUGUUGCAGUUUUUUAGAUCGAAGUGUUAAUGUAGGUAAAGUUAACUUUAGAUGUCUACCUUAAAAAGUCAAGUCUGCUUUAAAUUUAAUCCUCUCUGGUUAAAGGGAUGGGAUGGAGCUUUGCUUUUCAUCCUAUAUUCAUCUGUACCUUUCAGGUAUUCAAAUAGAAAAACAUAAACAAUGUAAAUGAAAUAGCAAAACAAUAUAAUAUCUCAUAAAACUGCAAUGGUAAAAACAUUUAUCCUAUUGAAAUUCCACAAUUUUUAUUUGAAAAUUUUAUCAACCUGUAAUUCAAGUGGCAUUUAGAAGAACAAUUUAAAAGCAACAACUCUAUAGAAAGGUUGUAAAAUGAUUAAGUAGUUUAAACCAAAUAAAACAAUUUCUGAGUCAGUCAUCUCCAGUAGGUCUAUUUUAGUCUCAAGAUAAAUUCAUUUCUGGUGACAACUGAAGUUCUUAGUUAUUUGUUAGUAUAUACUGGAGACAUUUACAAUAAAGCUUAGAGCACAUGGGAAAUGGAAGUGUCUUUUUUUAAAGACAAAAUGUAUUGCAGAAAUGUGAGUAAUUUAAUCCGAUUCUACAAUCUGAUCAUUCUGAUCUAAUCUGAUCAUUUAAUAACACUAAAUAAACCUUCAUCUCACAUUCUUUGGCUGUUUCUUUUAAAAUAUGGGUUUAGGGAUAAAUCAAAUAAAUUCAAAACAAAGUAAUAAGCAAAUGAUUUUUUUUUCUCAGUAAUCUAGUAGAGUAUUACAUUUAGAAGUAAUCUGUAUCUCAGUGCAGUAACUAUUUAGGACUCUAAGCGCCGCUGUUCACCUACUGGAAGACAAAUGCAACCGAAAACACUCAGAUCUCACACCUCACAAAGACCUGCAGAUGCCACAAACUAACUGCUGGACUGCAGCGAAACCCCACCCCUGUUUGGAGGCACUCCAGGUUUCCGGAGGAUUAUCAUCUCCAUAGCUGCGGCAAGAAACUAAAUAAGACCCACUUAUGCACAGUGAAGAUUCUGAGAGGAUUCUGCAGCAAAACAACAAUGGCCGCUCCACAGAGUCGCCCCAGACGCAGCGAGCUGAUCCUGCUGUGCGCGCUGCUGGGGACGCUGUGGGAAAUCGGGAGGGGACAGAUUCGCUACUCGGUGCCAGAAGAGACGGACAAAGGCUCCUUCGUGGGUAAUAUCUCCAAGGACCUGGGGCUGGACCCCCGGGAGCUGGCGAAGCACGGAGUCCGUAUCGUCUCCAGAGGUAGGACGCAGCUCUUUGCUCUGAACCCGCGCAGCGGCAGCUUGGUCACCGCGGGCAGGAUAGAUCGGGAGGAGCUCUGCGCUCAGAGCCCGCGGUGUCUGAUAAAUAUUAACAUCCUGGUUGAGGAUAAAGGAAAACUCUUUGGGAUAGAAAUAGAAAUAAUUGAUAUUAACGAUAAUAACCCGAAAUUCCAGGUCGAAGAUCUAGAAGUAAAAAUUAACGAAAUCGCGGUUCCUGGAGCACGUUAUCCACUCCCAGAAGCUGUUGACCCGGAUGUGGGCGUGAACUCCCUGCAGAGCUACCAGCUCAACCCCAAUCACCACUUCUCCCUGGACGUGCAGACUGGAGACAAUGGAGCCAUAAACCCAGAGCUGGUGCUGGAGCGCGCCCUGGACAGGGAGGAAGAGGCUGCUCACCACCUGGUCCUCACGGCCUCGGAUGGCGGUGAGCCGCGUCGCUCCAGCACAGUGCGCAUCCAUGUGACAGUGUUGGAUACAAAUGAUAAUGCCCCGGUUUUUGCUCAACCGAUUUACCGAGUGAAAGUCUUUGAGAACGUGCCCCCAGGCACGCGGCUGCUUACUGUAACAGCCAGCGACCCGGAUGAGGGAACCAACGGAAAAGUGGCAUACAAAUUCCGGAAAAUUAAUGAAAAACAAACUCCGUUAUUCCAGCUUAAUGAAAAUACUGGGGAAAUAUCAAUAGCAAAAAUUCUAGAUUAUGAAGAAUGUUCGUUUUAUGAAAUGGAAAUACAAGCCGAAGAUGUGGGGGCACUUCUGGGGAGGACCAAAUUGCUCAUUUCGGUGGAAGAUGUAAAUGACAAUAGACCAGAAGUGAUCAUUACGUCUUUGUUUAGCCCAGUGUUAGAAAAUUCUCUUCCAGGGACAGUAAUUGCCUUCUUGAGUGUGCAUGACCAAGACUCUGGAAAGAAUGGUCAAGUUGUCUGUUACACACGUGAUAAUUUACCUUUUAAAUUAGAAAAGUCAAUAGAUAAUUAUUAUAGAUUAGUGACAAGGAAAUAUUUGGACCGAGAAAAUGUCUCUAUCUAUAAUAUCACAGUGAUGGCCUCAGAUCUAGGAACACCGCCUCUAUCCACUGAAACUCAAAUCACUCUGCACGUGGCAGACAUUAACGACAACCCUCCUACUUUCCCUCAUGCCUCCUACUCAGCGUAUAUCCUAGAGAACAACCUGAGAGGAGCCUCCAUCUUCUCCUUGACUGCACACGACCCCGACAGCCAGGAGAAUGCCCAGGUCACUUACUCUGUGACCGAGGACACGCUGCAGGGGGCGUCCCUGUCCUCGUACAUCUCCAUCAACUCUGACACCGGUGUCCUGUAUGCGCUGCAAUCUUUCGACUAUGAGCAGAUCCGAGACCUGCAGCUACUGGUAACAGCCAGCGACAGCGGGGACCCGCCCCUCAGCAGCAACGUGUCACUGAGCCUGUUCGUGCUGGACCAGAAUGACAACGCGCCCGAGAUCCUGUACCCCGCCCUUCCCACAGACGGUUCCACCGGCGUGGAGCUGGCGCCCCGCUCCGCAGAGCCCGGCUACCUGGUGACCAAGGUGGUGGCGGUGGACAGAGACUCGGGCCAGAACGCCUGGCUGUCCUACCGCCUGCUCAAGGCCAGCGAGCCGGGACUCUUCUCGGUGGGUCUGCACACGGGCGAGGUGCGCACGGCGCGAGCCCUGCUGGACAGAGACGCGCUUAAGCAGAGCCUCUUGGUGGCCGUCCAGGACCAUGGCCAGCCCCCUCUGUCCGCCACUGUCACGCUCACCGUAGCCGUGGCUGACAGCAUCCCCGAAGUCCUGACCGAGUUGGGCAGUCUGAAGCCUUCGGUCGACCCGAACGAUUCGAGCCUUACACUCUAUCUCGUGGUGGCAGUGGCUGCCGUCUCCUGUGUCUUCCUCGCCUUUGUCGUUGUGCUUCUGGGGCUCAGGCUGAGGCGCUGGCACAAGUCACGCCUGCUCCAGGAUUCCGGUGGCAGAUUGGUGGGCGUGUCUGCCUCACAUUUUGUGGGUGUUGAGGAGGUACAGGCUUUCCUGCAGACCUAUUCCCAGGAAGUCUCCCUCACCGCCGACUCGCGAAAGAGUCACCUGAUCUUUCCCCAGCCCAACUACGCAGACACGCUCAUCAGUCAGGAAAGCUGUGAGAAAAAUGAUUCUUUGGUAACAUCCGUAGAUUUUCAUGAAUGUAAGAAUGAAGCUGAUCAUGGUCAGCAAGCCCCGCCCAACACGGACUGGCGUUUCUCUCAGGCCCAGAGACCCGGAACCAGUGGCUCCCAAAAUGGCGAUGACACCGGCACCUGGCCCAACAACCAGUUUGACACAGAGAUGCUGCAAGCCAUGAUCUUGGCCUCUGCCAGUGAAGCUGCUGAUGGGAGCUCCACCCUGGGAGGAGCUGCCGGCACCAUGGGAUUGAGCGCCCGCUAUGGACCCCAGUUCACCCUGCAGCAUGUGCCCGACUACCGCCAGAAUGUCUACAUCCCAGGCAGCAAUGCCACACUGACCAACGCAGCUGGCAAGCGGGACGGCAAGGCCCCAGCAGGUGGCAAUGGCAACAAGAAGAAGUCGGGCAAGAAGGAGAAGAAGUAACAUGGAGGCCAGGCCAAGAGCCACAGGGCAGCCUCCCCCCAACCAGCCCAGCUUCUCCUUACCUGUACCCAGGCCUCAGAGUUUCAGGGCUAACCCCCAGAAUACUGGUAGGGGCCAAGGCCAUGCUCCCCUUGGGAAACAGAAACAAGUGCCCACUCAACACCCACCCCCUUCCCCCCCCCCAGGGGGUUGAAUAUGCAAAGGGAGUUCUGCUGGGAACCCCCAUCGAAUCAAUUGCUGUACCCAUGGGGGUAGUGGGGUUAGUGUAGACACCAAGAACCAUUUGCCACACCUGUUUAGUUACAGCUGAACUCCUCCAUCUUCCAAAUCAAUCAGGCCCAUCCAUCCCAUGCCUCCCUCCUCCCCACCCCACUCCAACAGUUCCCCUUUCCUGAGUAAGGUGGUUGGGGUGUUGAAGUACCAGGUAACCUACAAGGCUCCUAGUUCUGAAGAGUUUGAAGGGCAUCAUGACCUCUUGGCCUCUCCUUUGAUUCUCAAUCUUCCCCCAAAGCAUGGUUUGGUGCCAGCCCCUUCACCUCCUUCCAGAGCCUGAGAUCAAUGCUCAAGUUUUGGAGGACAUGAUCACCAUCCCCAUGGUACUGACACUUGCUGGAUUUAGGGAGGGCACUUUGCUACCAAGCCUCUUCCCAACGCCCUGGGGACCAGUCUUCUGUUUUGUUUUUCAUUGUUUGACGUUCCCACUGCAUGCUGUGACUUUCCCCACCUCCUCCUCAAACAAGAGACUCCACUGCAUGUUCCAAGACAGUAUGGGGUGCUAAGAUAAAGAAGGGAAGUGUGUGGAUGUGGAUGGUGGGGGCAUGGACAAAGCUUGACACAUCAAGUUAUCAAGGCCUUGGAGGAGGCUCUGUAUGUCCUCAGGGGACUGACAACAUCCUCCAGAUUCCAGCCAUAAACCAGUAACUAGGCUGGACCCUUCCCACUACAUAAUAGGGCUCAGCCCAGGCAGCCAGCUUUGGGCUGAGCUAACAGGACCAAUGGAUUAAACUGGCAUUUCAGUCCAAGGAAGCUUGAAGCAGGUUUAGGACCAGGUCCCCUUGAGAGGUCAGAGGGGCCUCUGUGGGUGCUGGGUACUCCAGAGGUGCCACUGGUGGAAGGGUCAGUGGAGCCCCAGCAGGAAGGGCGGGCCAGCCAGACCAUUCUUAGUCCCUGGGUUGAGGAGGCAGGGAGCUAGGGCAGGGACCAAAUGAACAGAAAGUCUCAGCCCAGGAUGGGGCUUCUUCACAGGGCCCCUGCCCUCCUGAAGCCUCAGUCCUUCACCUUGCCAGGUGCCAUUUCUAUUCCGUGAAGGCCACUGCCCAGGUCCCCAGUGCGCCCCCUAGUGGCCAUAACCUGGUUAAAGUUCCCCAGUGCCUCCUUGUGCAUAGACCUUCUUCUCCCACCCACUUCUGCCCCUGGGUCCCCGGCCAUCCAGCGGGGCUGCCAGAGAACCCCAGACCUGCCCUUAAGUAGUGUAGCGCCCCCUCCCUCUUUCGGCUGGUGUAGAAUAGCCAGUAGUGUAGUGCGGUGUGCUUUUACGUGAUGGCGGGUGGGCAGCGGGCGGCGGGCUCCGCGCAGCCGUCUGUCCUUGAUCUGCCCGCGGCGGCCCGUGUUGUGUUUUGUGCUGUGUCCACGCGCUAAGGCGACCCCCUCUCCCGUACUGACUUCUCCUAUAACCGCUUCUCUUCGCAUAGUCACGUAGCUCCCACCCCACCCUCUUCCUGUGUCUCACGCAAGUUUUAUACUCUAAUAUUUAUAUGGCUUUUUUUCUUCGACAAAAAAAUAAUAAAAAGGUUUCUUCUGAAA